AAUAAAAAGUGGAGCUACUUUGUUGUCGACUAAUUUUGUAUACAAUAUUUAGCAUAUUUUUAAAUAUAAAGAAAUUAACUAUAUAAAAGGUAAAGUACAUAAACAUUGUUGAAAGGUGAUCAAAAUAAUAGUUUUAUUAUUUAUUGCUUUAAAAAAAAACGCAACAUUACGAAAUUAAUAUAAAAAUGGAGGACAUAAAAAAGUUGCUGCAACAAAAUGAAGAUUACUUAAUGAGCAGCUCUAGUGGUAAUGAGUCGGACAAUGAAUCAUUAUCGGUAUGGAAUUUGAGAAAGCACGAUAAUGAAGUUGCGAACAAUCACAUUUUGGAAAUAAAAUGUUCAAAUUCCAUAACCUCAAAAAAGAGAAAUGGAGAAAAAAGAUUACCGACAAGAAGGCCCGAUCCAAACGUCUACAAUCGUAAUGCUUUGUUGGCAAGAGAAAAUAGACGGAAGAAAAAAGUUUACUUGGAAACGAUCGAGAAAGAAUUACAAGACGCGCGGACAGCUAAUCAUGCUUUAGUGAAAGCCCUAAAGCGACAGCAGAAAAUUGCUCAGCGUCUUGAGCAAGAAAAGAAAUAUUUCGAGGGGCUGUUUGCCAAUAGAUCCGAAUUAUUGACUCUCGUGAAUGCGCUAAAUUUUCGACGUAAUCCUGAAUCUGAAUCUAAUAAGUCUCCUUUCUCGACUUCGAGUAAUAAUGACGACUAUAUCCAAAACGGCAUGAGAGGUGUGAUGAGCCUUAGCAGUAGUAUAAAUGAUGCUGACGUACUAUCAGUACAGUUUGAUAGUCCUUCUGAUGAUUUGGAAAAUGGCACGGAUAGCAGUUUGCCCAGCACCUCUACAUCUUGGGAUGACAUAUGGGGUGAAAACGGUUUUCAUAUUGAUAACUUAACUUUACCAGAAUCCGCACUCAUACAAAGCAAAAAUGGUAUACAAAAUAUUAAUGGUGACCAGUGUUAUAUGUCCAGUUCUACAUUGGGUUGCAUUCAAACACCCAAACAGAAAAGCGAGACUAGCGAUUUUAUCGAUGUUGAAGGGGAGUGCUCAAACAUUGGUAUAUUCGGUUCAUCUAGUAAUUGGAACCAAGCAUGUCGAACACCACCACUUCAGCUUUUAAGCGACCAGUCAUCGUCUUAAAAUUUUUUGUUGUAAAAAAUUACAUUUGGUUAGUUGUUUUUAUUUAUGCAUAAGUAUUUUUAUAUCUUUCCAAUUUAUUUAAAUAUUCGUUCUUUUUUAAUUAAGUUUGAACAUACAUCUAAGUAUAUUUUUAAAUUAUUUAUAAGUAAUUUAAUAGAGCAGGGGAGUAGAAGUUAGAGAUAGCAAAAAUACUGUUAUGCUUUCAACAAUUAUUUCCAAGCUUUUGAUGAAAUGGUUACUAAAUACUGCUUUCGCCAUUUCAGGCCAUUUUUGGAUCAUCACGGAUGCUGCGGAAAGUGCUUGACGCUGAUGUAAAGCUCGCACAAUAUGUAGCAUCUAGUAGUCAAGGUGGGUUGUAAACUCGACUCAAUAUAUUAAGAGUGAGCUAUGAAGCGUUUUUUCCUUACAGUAACUGAUACACUGAAUUGAAUCUUUUUACAGCAUGCGGUUAAAUUUUUUGCUAUCACGGAACAAAAAUUGUUACAACAAUUGCAGCAAAAAAUAGUAUCGUUUCAAUUGAAUGAAAGCUGAAUGCAAGAACAAGUUUAUCGAAUUUUUUCUUGUAAUCGGCAUUUCAUUUUGUAUGCAUCUUAUCAUAUGUACAAAUCCAUCAACUGCAGUUUACUGUACAUAUGAUAACUGGUAAAAUGUUUGAAGAUACAAAAAUCUUCAUCACAUUCUCUUGAAUUUUGUAUAAAAUGAAACUAAUUAAUUCUUUUUUUAUUUGAGUAUUACUAUUGAGUUACAGAUUUGAAGAAGUAUUCCGACUAAAUAUCGCCAAAAAAAUCUGCAAAGACUAGAACAGCAAACAUAAUCAAUUCUGGUUUUGGUGUUUAGUUGCAAUUUCGACGUAACCUGCUUGGAAAAUAAAACGGUAUGUACCUCUACUACUACUCCCACUUUGCUAUUAUAUAGUGUUAUUUAAUAUUUUACAAACUUCUUACACAUUAAUUAAAUAUAUUAUAGUCGCGUAUGUAAACAUAUGUAUGUUAACUGCAACUAAUUUUAAAUAAUUUAUGUCUAUGAAUAAAAAAUUAUAGUCAAAGAAAA